AUGUUAGAAGAUGACGUCGAAGACAAAAGUGCCCAAAUAGAUUUUUACAUGAAAAAUUGCGCAGACUAUCAGAGAAACUUUGAUACUGCUAGCUUUGCCCUUUCUAUAAGAGAAGAAAACAAAAUUUUGUUCACUCAUGGAGGGUUUAAUUAUUUUUUAAACAAAUUUUAAUGUAAAUUUUAUUGACGAAAUUUAAAAAAUUCCAAUUUGAUAAACUUUGGCAAAAAUUUAUUUAAUGUGUAAAUUUAUCAAUUUAUUCAAAGUCAAAUUUUUUUGUUCGUCACAGAGAAGAGUUUAGGCAAAAAUAGUGAUUUUUUCAAUGUUUCUAUUCGCUCUCUGAAGCGGGAGUAAAGCAGCAAGUGAAAUUUUACUCCCCUCCUCAGUGAGGGAACAAAAAAAAUUAUUUCACAUGGAGGGGGUUUAAUAUUUUUUGAAAAAAAAUCCUAAUUCGCAAAAAAUUGGAUAGCAAAUAUUAAUUACAUUUUAAAUUUGUUUUUAAAGUUAGCAAAAUAUUUCAUUAUACUAAUUAUCACUUAUUAAUCAAAUUUUUUUUCCAUUGUCGGUUUUUGGGCAAAAAAUAGUGUUUUUUUUAAUCAUUUUGUUCGCUCACAAAAGGUUGGAGUUAAGAAAACAACUUUCUCAGACUAUCGAAGAUUGCGAAAAUAAAAUGGCUAAAAUGGCUGAAGAAGCUGAAAAGGUAAAAGAGAAAUCAAUAGAAUCACAAUUUACUUUCGAAGAAAUUGUCAAAUCUCUUCAAAAUCAAAUAAAUGUUAUGUCAAAGAAAGUUGAAGGUUGCUCAUCUGAUAAUGAAAGAAUAAAAACUGAUAACGAAAGAAUUAAAACUGUUAAUGAAAGAAUUAUAACUGACAACGAAAGGUUUAAAGCUGAUAACGAAAGAUUUAAAACUGAUCUUCAAAACGUGAAACUCGAAAACGCAGCAUUAAAAGUUGAUGUAGCAAAUCUGAACCUCGAAAACCAAAGCCUGAAGCUCGAAAACGCAGCAUUAAAAGACGAUGUGCAAAGCCUGAAGCUCGAAAACACAACAUUAAAAGACGGUCUAAAAAGCCUGACACUCAAAAACGAAUUAUUAAAAGACGAUGUGCAAACCCUGAAGCUCGAAAACAUAGAAUUUAAAGACAAUAUAAAAAGCCUUGAGCUCGAAGACGAAAACCUGAAGCUUGAAGAAGAAAACCUGAUGCUCGAAAACGAGGUUUUAAAAGAUGAAUUAAAAAACCUGAAGCUCGAUGUUCAAUACCUAACGCUAGAUAAUGAAAGUUUGAAAGCCCAAGAUGAAACCCAGAAGCUUAAAAAAAAUAAGCUCAAGAAAAGGGUUAAGUUUCUUGAGGGAGAAAAUAAAAAGCUUCAACAAAAGCUAAAUAUUAUGGAAGAAGAAAAAAUAGUGCUUGAAGCGGAAGUCUUAGGUUUGAAAAAGGGAUCCUCGAUAUUAGAGAAAAGAGUGGAUUGUGUGCAAAAGGAAUAUUUCAUAUCAUUGUUUAAUUCAACAGUAAGAGAAGUGUUUAGGGAGAUGAGAGACAAGAUCUGCUACGAAUUCAAAUCAAAAGAAUUUAAGAGAAUCAUAGAUAAUGCUGAAUUUGAUCGACGCGCCCAAUCAAAAAUUGAAAAAAUAUCAGGACUAACCUAUAAUGGCAUCAAGUAUCUUAUAGAAAGGUAUUGGGAAAGUAAUGAUUUUAUUCAUGAUGAUUUUGUGAUGGACAAUUCUUCAAUGGUGGAAGUUCAAGAAAAUCGCAUCUUAAAUGAUGCAAUAGGCAUUAAUGCUAGCACUCUUGGUAGUUUAAUUAGAUGGACUGAAAGAUAUCCCUGUAGAAAGGCAAAGCCAUUCUGCCUAAAUUGCUACAGAAUUGGCCAUUAUAAAGCAUUUUGCGACCUUAACUAA